UUUCCUGCCGAUGUUUGGCUGUUGUAUGCGUUGAUUUCUUGAAUUUUUUUUGCUUCUUGUUAUCUUGAAUUUCUAUAUAAGUUGUUUCAGAAAUUACUCGAAUUGGAUUAUAUUAAGCUUUUGGAAUUGAAAUUUGUAGUAAUUUUGCACUGUUGAAACAGUCUGUUGAUUUCUGCAUUGCGGUUCUUUGUUGGUUGGUUAAUCAGACAAUUGAGCUGCGUAAAUUGAGUAAAUUUCGGAGAAGAAUCUUUAAUUAGUAGCAAUAUCAUUUUAAUCUUUAAUUGAGCUGUUUUUUCAGUUGAAGAGUUGUUUUGAAAUGUAAAGGCAAUGGGAGCGAAAAUGGAGACCGAGUGAAAUGAAAACGUGAGAUAUGAAGUGAAAAUGAAGGAUUAUUGUGAAAGAGUUGGAAGAUACUGUGGCCAGGUUCUCAGUGUUGGAUUCUAUGGAGAUUGUAUGCGGUUUUCUUUUCUGGAUUUUCGAAAACAAAAGGAACUUUGAGUUUUUAUUUGUUAUCUUUUCUGGAUUUUCGAGAACAAAAGGAACUUUGAGUUUUAUUUACUUGUUAUCUUGAUGCCUCUAAUCUAUGAAGAGACUGAGGGGAUCCGUCUUGUAUUAUGAAAAGUAUGGAGAGAAUUUCUAUGGGGAGCCCUUGCUGGAGGAUUUGGUGAAGGAACGAUGCACCCAAUUGAUACUGUGAAGACGAGAAUUCAAAGUCAAGCUAUUCUGAGUGGAUCUCAGCACCAAAAAACUGUGUUACAAAUGAUUAGAACUGUAUGGGCUGCUGAUGGACUAAGAGGCUUUUAUAGAGGAGUUGCUCCUGGACUUACUGGCUCUCUUGCAACUGGAGCAACUUAUUUUGGUUUCAUCGAGUCUACUAAAAAGUGGAUUGAAGAGUCACAUCCUAGUCUUGGAGGUCACUGGGCCCACUUCCUUGCUGGAGGCAUGGGGGACACACUUGGCUCGUUUAUAUAUGUUCCAUGUGAAGUGAUAAAGCAACGGAUGCAGGUUCAGGGCACAAGUGAUUCUUGGAGUGCUGUGAUCUCAAAAUCUCAGAGUGGUAAAAUUCCUGGAGUGAAGAUGUAUGGCUAUUAUAAUGGAAUGUUUCAUGCUGGCCGUUCAAUAUGGAAGGAACAGGGCCGAAAGGGUCUAUAUGCCGGGUAUUGGUCUACACUAGCAAGGGAUGUGCCUUUUGCUGGUUUGAUGGUAAUGUUCUAUGAAGCAUUGAAAGAUUUGACAGAUUAUGGGAUGAAGAAGUGGACACUUGAUGCGGACUACCAAAUUAAUACUACUCUUGAGGGAUUGGUGCUAGGAGGAGUAGCUGGAGGUUUGAGUGCUUAUGUGACGACUCCGUUAGAUGUUAUCAAGACUAGAUUGCAAGUCCAAGGACCAGAUUUAAGGUACAAAGGCUGGUUCCAUGCCAUCCACAGGACUUGGAUGAUUGAAGGUGCUAAGGGGGCAUUCAGAGGUAGCAUCCCGAGGGUGAUAUGGUAUGUACCAGCAUCUGCUCUGACAUUCAUGGCAGUAGAAUUCCUCAGAGAGAAGUUCAGUCGAAGGUUAGAAAAUGAACAGGAAGAAGUUGCAAGCAUCUCAAUAGACAAGAAAAGGAUCUUUAAGUGAGGUUGCUUAGGAAUACUUCAGGAGCUGACAAUUUUUUCCCAUCCAUCAGUUUUUUUUUCCAUUCAGAUGGGAUAUUGUUGUAUAGAUUCACAAAGGUUGAGCAUAGGUGUAGUGUUGUAGUUCCUGUUACAAAGCUGAUUGAUAAUAAAGGAAAGCACAUAGUGAAUGGCCCAAUUUUGAAAAUCACGAAGAUGUUUUCUUUGCU